UCAUCUCCAUCGAUCAUCUCCUUCAUUUCUCACCGUAUAAGCCAAUAGGAUGUCGCGUUAUGGUGCGCCGCUACUGCUAUUGUGCGCCGCGGUUCACGUAGCAUUCGCCAUUAAUGAUGGACUUCUUCCGAACGGGAACUUCGAGGCGGGGCCGAAGCCGUCGGAGCUGCGGGGGACGGAGGUGGUGGGGCGGCACGCGAUCCCGGAGUGGGAGGUGUCGGGGUUCGUGGAGUACAUCGAGUCGGGGCACAAGCAGGGGGACAUGCUGCUGGUGGUGCCGGAGGGGGCGCACGCGGUGCGGCUGGGGAACGAGGCGUCCAUCCGGCAGCGGCUGCGGGUGGCGCGGGGCGCGUACUACGCCGUGACCUUCAGCGCGGCGCGGACGUGCGCGCAGGAGGAGCGGCUGAACGUCUCGGCCACCCCCGACUCCGGCGUGCUGCCCAUGCAGACCAUGUACAGCAGCACGGGCUGGGACUCCUACGCCUGGGGCUUCCGGGCGCUCUUCGACGAGCUCGAUCUCGUCAUCCACAAUCCGGGCCUCGAGGAGGAUCCCGCCUGCGGCCCCCUCAUCGACUCCGUCGCCAUUCGCACGCUCUACCCGCCCAGAUUAACAAACAAGAAUCUGCUGAAGAACGGGGACAUGGAGGAGGGGCCGUACAUAUUCCCGAACACGACGUGGGGGGUGCUGAUACCGCCGAACAUCGAGGACGAGCACUCGCCGCUGCCGGGGUGGAAGGUGGAGUCGCUGAAGGCCGUCAAGUACGUGGACGCGGCGCACUACGCGGUGCCGCGGGGGCUCCGCGCGGCGCAGCUGGUGGGGGGGCGGGAGAGCGCGCUGGCGCAGGUGGCGCGCACCGAGCCCGGGCGCAGCUACGCGCUGACGUUCGCCGUGGGCGACGCCGGCGACGCCUGCGCGGGGCCCAUGGUCGUCGAGGCCUUCGCGGCGCGCGCCUCCCUCCGCGUGCCCUACGAGUCCAAGGGCACCGGCGGGUUCAAGCGCGCCGUGCUCCGAUUCGCCGCCGCGGAGAAGCGCACCACCGUCGUCUUCCUCAGCACCUACUACCACAGCAAGCCCGACGGCUCGCUCUGCGGGCCCGUCGUCGACGACGUCGCGCUCCUCAGCGUCCGCAACGCCACCAAACCAAAACCACCGCUACGGCUCAGGCUCCUGUGAGCUUAAUUUUGCGGCACAUGGCCGUGUAUACUAGUUACUACUGUUGGAGUAUUUGAUUUUGGGUGGAGUGGUGUGGUGUUUGUUAUUGUUUUACUCUCUUCGUUUUGGUACGUGCGUACGUGUAUACCAGGUAGGUGCCCUGUGGCUACCACGAAAAACUUUUUUGAGUGCUAGCAUAUGUGGCGCGUUGAUCAGUGGGGUGGGAAAGAGGUUACUUAAUGGUUUGUUCCGUGGAAUAUAAACUGUGUACUUGUGAUUCAAAUGCAAUUACUCUGAAUGUUUACGGUCUUAUGUACGACCAAGUGGUUGUUUUA